AUGCUCAUCAGAUUUUAUUUACACUACUUCGAUAAUCACGAACAUGCUUCUAUAAGAGUAUAUUUUCCUUAUCAAGUGAUAAAAACACCAAAGUAUGCAAUCAAGUUAGAAUUGACUGAUACAUAUGGAGAAGAAAAAUACAGAGCAUGUGAUUCAUUGUACUUUCGUGGCACAGAAGGUGCAAUAAUCGUCUACGACGUAACUUCUCGUAAUAGUUUCGAAAGUUUGGACUAUUGGAUCGACUUGACCACAAAAGAAAGAGGCAGUGAUGUCUCAAUUGUUCUUGUUGCAAAUAAGUGUGAUCUUAAUAAAGUGGUUACAGAUGAAGAAGGUAUAAGAUAUGCUGAACGAGUCGGAUAUCCCCUUGUUUUCUGUUCUUCGUAUACUGGAGAGGGUAUUAAUGAAGUCUUUUUUAAAGCAGCUUUUCCAAAAGGAGAGUUUAGUUAUCCUGAUAAAAGGGUAAAUAUAGUUUCUUUGUAUGACUCUGUCACUCCUAAAUAUUGUUAUUGCUAA